AUGUGCAAUAAAAAUUCCCAACAACCCCAAAUCGGGAAAGUAUAUUUUUUUUCCAUCCACACAGCAAGUAAAUUCGUAAAAAAUAUGUCUUCGUUAUCCCAGAUACCAAAACAAGUAAAAUACUAUCCAUGCAGCUCAGCUAGCUCGGACAGGUAAAAACAGUUAAAAAAAAAGAAAGAUAAAAAGUACAUCAUCAUCUUUUCAAUCAUCAACAUCACAUCACACAACAACAUCUUGAAUAAAAUAUAUAAAAACUGUCUGAAAAGUAAAAAAAAAAAAAAAGACUGAACGUGGUGUGUGCUUUUCCAACUUCGAAGACGACCGAUCGCACGCUUAUUUUUUUUUUAUACAUAUUCUUCUAUAUUUUUUUUGAAGUCGUGAAAAAUAAAGUGGAUAAAAAAAGUGAACUGAAUUUUAUUGAAUUGUUUAAAGUGACUUCAGUAAAAAAAAAAGUGUUGAACUUUUUUUUUUUUAUAUCAAUUCCGAGAGUGAACGUGAUGCCGUCUUAUGAAGCUGCUGGAACUAAGAACACUCUCAUUGAUGAUCGUCCCGAUGUAACAGAACCACUAUAUUUGGAUACUACAUUAAAAGAUUUUGAUAAAACAACAAAUGGCCGUGAAUAUAUAUGUUGCCCGGCAUCGCCAACAACAGUGCCGGCAAAAUUUAGAGCAAAACGUUCUAGUUUAUCAGAUUCGCCGGCUAAAGCAUUGCACCGGCCUGCGAGAGCACCACGUCAGCGUACAACAUCGAUGAAUCAAAAUUCAACAACAAAUCCAUCUGAGUGCAUUAUACGAUCAAAUAAUCGUACAAUUUAUACGGCCGGACGUCCGCCAUGGUAUAAUUGUGCUGGGCAACAAGUUGAGCCUUUUGUUAUUGGUAUUUGUGGUGGAAGUGCUUCUGGGAAGACAACAGUUGCACAAAAAAUCAUUGAAAGUUUAGAUGUACCAUGGGUCACAUUGCUGUCUAUGGAUUGUUUCUAUAAGAUUCUCAAUGAAAAGCAACACGAACAAGCUUUAUUAAAUGAAUACAAUUUCGAUCAUCCCGAUGCUUUUGACAUUGAUUUACUUGUUGAUGUUCUCAAAAAAUUAAAAGAGGGUCGCAAAGUCGAGGUGCCAAUUUAUAAUUUUAUCACACAUGGACGAGAAACACAAACCAAGACAAUGUAUGGAGCAAAUGUUAUCAUAUUCGAGGGUAUUUUGUGUUUCCACAGUCAAGAGGUCCUCAAAUUGUUGGAUAUGAAGGUGUUUGUUGAUACAGAUGCUGAUAUUCGUUUAGCAAGGCGUCUAAAACGUGAUAUAUCACAACGUGGCCGUGAUUUGGUUGGAGUUCUUAAACAAUAUUCGACAAUGGUCAAACCAUCGUAUGCCAAUUAUAUUGCCCCAACUAUGGUUCAUGCUGAUAUAAUAGUUCCUCGUGGUGGUGAAAAUAAAGUUGCAAUACAUUUAAUUGUACAACAUGUCCACACACAAUUGCAAUUGAGAGGUUUCAAAUUGCGGGAAACACUAGCCCAUUCGUAUAUCGAUCAACCAAUGCCGGAUUCGCUACAAUUGCUGCCACCAACACCUCAAAUUAAGGGGUUGCACACAUUCAUCCGCUGCAGGAACACUUCCAGAGACGAGUUCAUCUUUUACUCGAAAAGACUUAUCCGUUUAGUGAUAGAAUAUGCAUUGAGCUUAUUCCCCUUCAAAGAAACCAUUGUUGAGACCCCCCAAGGCGUUCAUUAUGAAGGGCAACGCAUGGCAAGCAAGAAAAUUUGUGGUGUGUCAAUUUUGCGUGCCGGCGAAACAAUGGAACAAGCCGUCUGCGAUGUGUGCAAGGACAUUCGCAUCGGCAAAAUUCUCAUUCAGACAAAUCAAAGCACAGGAGAGCCAGAAUUAUAUUAUUUGAGACUACCAAAGGACAUUAAAGACUACAAAGUCAUCCUAAUGGAUGCAACAGUAGCCACUGGGGCUGCUGCCAUGAUGGCAAUUCGAGUUUUACUCGAUCACGAUGUGCCAGAGGAUAAUAUCAUUUUGGCCUCGUUGUUGAUGGCUGAAAUUGGAGUGCACUCUAUAGCUUAUGCCUUUCCAAAGGUAAAAAUAGUCACAUCAGCUUUAGAUCCAGAAAUCAAUGAUAAAUUCUAUGUGAUUCCUGGUAUUGGAAACUUUGGCGAUCGUUACUUCGGUACUGAACCAUCGGAUGAUUACGUGUAGUCGGAGCAAAGGAGCCGGCAGUUUAAGUACUUAUCUAAUAUCGCUUUUCUAGCUAUGGCGCCAAUUAGCUAUUCAGACAAAAAACAGCAAAUUUAAACCAGUAAAACAACAAAAAAAAAAAAUACCAACAUCUUUUGAAGAAUAUAAAAUAUUAAACAAUACAAAAACAUCGAAGU